AUGGAUAUAUCCAUAUUUAAAAUUAUUCGUUCAUUCUGUCUUGUUUUAUUUAUUGCAAUAUUCGAAUAUAAGCGUGGAUCAUUUACAUACUCUGGUACUUUAACUGGUUUUAUUCUGUGUUUAAUAAUAGCUUAUUCGAAUAUUGUUUUUCUAUUUGUAAUGAUUGCAUUUAUUUUAAGUACUUCUUUUGCUACACGUUAUAAAUUUGAUAUAAAACAGUCAAAAAUCAAUGAAAACGAUCAUCAAAUAGAAACAAAAAAAUAUAAAAAAACUGCUCGCAGUCAUAUUCAAGUUCUAUGUAAUGGCGCAAUAGCGUGUCUAUAUGCAAUCGGCUAUUGUUGCAAAACCAAUUAUUCUGGUCUUUCAUUACCAAUUGAUAAUAAACAUGAAUCAUCUAUUUAUACAAUUGGAUUUCUUUUUACUACUGCUUGCUGUUGUGGAGAUACAUUAGCAUCCGAACUUGGUACUGUUCUUGCUCGAAAUAAUCCUCGUUUAUUAACGAACCCAUUUCGAGUUGUACCUGUUGGUACAAACGGUGCAAUAUCAUUUGUUGGAUGUUUAUGUAGUCUUCUCGGUGGUUUUAUUAUCGGUCUUAGUUACAUUAUUGGUAAUUCAAUAUUUUGUCGGCCGGAUCACAUGAUUAAUACGUCUAUGAUAAAUAAUAUUCAAUUACUUUUCUAUUGUACUGUGUUCGGCCUUGUAGGCUCUUCCAUUGAUUCCAUAUUAGGUGCUACUUUACAAUUUAGUGGCUAUGAUAGAGAACAUAAUGUUACUGUUCAAAAACCUGGGCCAUCCAUUGAAAGAAUAUCUGGUUUUCAUAUAUUGUCAAACAAUCAAGUAAACAUUUUAUCGUCGUUACUUACGUCCAUGAUUGCUAUUUGGAUUUUACCCAUUAUUAUGGUUUGA